AUCUUCUCUAUCCCUCUCAAUUGCCAGCACGUUACGAUAUUUCCCUAAACACUCGCUCCCACUAAUAAUCAUUAUUCUCAAUAUAAAUUCUCUUUUUCUUUUUCCAUUUCCUCAUUUCUCUUCAUUUUUCAUCAAAAAAAAUAUUAUCCAUCAUCAUGAACAAAUUUUCAUCCUAUAACCUCAAAUGACUAAACAAAUUUUCAUCCGUCAACAGCCGUCGCAGCGCCGUAAUCGGCGCGGCGCUGGUGAAGUGGCAGGAGGCACGGCGGCGGAAUGCACUGCCGUCUGUUGCUGUUGUCCCUGCGCGAUUAUCGACCUCGUCGUAUUGGCGGUUUACAAAGUACCGGCUGCACUUUUCCGGAAGGCGUUGAAUCGGAGACGGCGUCGUAUAAUGAAGAAAGGCGUUAGUGUUAAGAAGAACGACGCCGUUUUGUUGCAGCCGCAGAGAUCGAGCAGCGUCGUCGGGAACGGUUUUAGGAUUGAUUCGAUUUCGUUGGAGGAGCGAAUCGAGAAGGAUCGUUCGGCGGAUGAGAAAUCUGAGGAGGUUACGUUAGAGAAGGAGAUGUGGGCCCGGUUCGCGGGAACCGGGUUUUGGAGAAGUGAUUCUCAACGUCAACCAUGAUUGAGCCGUUGAACCGGUGUAACGAUGUCGUCUUGUAGAUAGUGAAUGAUUCGGCAGAAGAUGCGUUCAAGAUAAAUGAAAUGAGAUAGCGUGUUCAUGGUUGCGGAUAUUUCUAGAGUUUGUUUGUGUUUGAAAAAAUUAUUGUUAGUAGUUAAAAGUUUUUGAAAAAAAGAAUGUAUAUAUUUAUGUGAAAGUAAAUGUCAGCAUUAUUAGGAAAAAGCAAAAUAUGUAUUUGGAUUUUGUCGCUGUUUUGAUGUGUCAAAGUUGUGUGUUAUUAUUUCACUACUUGCUGAGUAGAUUCUCCAA